AUGGCCCGGUCGGGGCAGCAGCGGCUCGGCGCGGACAAGGGCGCAGUGGCUUGGCGCGGGCGAGGGCGCAGCGGCCGGCCAACGGGCAAGGCCUCGGCACGGCCCUUGGCCACGGCCUGGGACUCUCGGCCACGGGCAAGACGCUCGGCCAGGCGGACGGGUGAUGGGCCGGGCACGCUCGGGCACGACCUAGGCAAUGGCCGAGGCGAGCUCGGCCACGGCACGGGACGGCGGCCGGGGCAGGGCGACUCGGCCACGGCAGGGGCAGCGGCUGGGCUGCUCGACCACGGCCGGGGCAGGCAAGCUAGGUGGGCUGGGCAGGCGGCCGGCUACGGCCAAGCGAGCGACGAUGACGGCGACGGCAAUGGCGAGCUGGGUGGCGACGACGAUGGCGACGGCGAGUAG